GAUCAGUUACAGCUGCUCUUCACAUUCGCUUUGUACCACUCACUUUUAAUAUUUAAAGCCAUUUGCAUCAAAGAAGCGACACAAAUACAUUUCCUCAUGUCUUGAGCAGUUGGGACUGGACCUAAAACCAUGACAAUGAGCUUCUUUGGGAAACGAAAAAACCUUGGACCUCCAGCUCCACCCAGAAGGACAGAUGACAAUGAAGGAUGGCCACCAGAGGAGUUUGAUGAUGAUGAGGAGGACAGUAGCAUGUAUGAAGUGCCUCCCUGUGAGCGCCUACCGGUUCAACUCCCACAGAGAGCUAUAGAGGAAAAUGUCUAUCUGGACACAACAUCCAACCCUACUGUUCCACAGAGGCAGGCUGCACCACCCAUGGGCAGACCCUUGAAACAUCAACAGCGUGUAGAGCAGUUCAACUUUGAUACCAAGACUGAGAAACCACCUGAGAUAGACAGAACUGAGAAGCCUGGGAGGAAGAAGUUGAUGCCUCCUACACCUGCCCGCCCUUCACAUGCUCCAGCCCCUGCACACAACACUGAAGAAGAUGUGUACCUGUAUCCUGAUGAAGAACAGGAGGUCAAUGAUGGCUUGUAUUUGGAGCCGACAGAUGUGAGGAUGUCUCAGUCUCCAAAAACAACGCUUCCUUCACCUAAACCUUUAGUGAAGCCUCCAGUACCCAGGCCUCCAUCUAAAAUUAACCUCACCUCAUCAUUGCCUUCCCAAAAUGAGAUAAAAACAGCUGAAGUGAGGAGAGUCACAUUUCCCACCAAAGUCCCUCCACCUACUCACUCUAAACCCCCUCUGCCUGCUAACCUGAAGGAAGUUAAGCUGAGCCAUCCAGCUCCUCCUCCAGCAGACACCAAACCUGUGGUUUCCUCUGGUGUAAUCAGGACAGCAAAGCAGUUGGGGCAUGAGAACAAAGAAUGGUUCGCUGGAGACUGCAACAGAAAGAAAGCUGAGGAUCUCUUGGAGAGGGUCAACAAGGAUGGUGCAUUUCUCAUCCGACACAGUUCAGCCCAGAGCGCCCGGCAGCCGUACACCUUGGCUGUGCUCUACCAGCAGAAGGUGUACAACAUCCCCAUCCGCUUCCUAGGGGAUACUCAAGGUUACGCCCUUGGGAAAGAGGGCAAGAAGAACGAAGAGAUUUUCGUCACCCUUGAGGAGAUGAUUUCCCACCACAAGAAUAACCAGCUGCUCCUGAUAGACAGCAAGAGCCAGGCCAAGCACACGGCUUAUUUAACCCACCCUGCACGCCCAUAAAACUGCACUUCCACAUUUCAACACUACUGCAUGUUCUAUCAUGUUAUAUUUCUAUGAGGUAUAUGAGGUUUGCACUCACAAUUUUUACACUUGAAAAAAAGUAUCUUACCGUAUAUUCUGUGUCACAAAACAUGAUUACACCACUACGAAAUAGGUUGUACAACUUAAAUGCUGUUGUCUUUACAUUUCUAUAAAAGAGCACAAAUGUUGAAUUCACUGCAGCCUUAAAUAAGAUUAAGUCAAUGCCAAAACCGUUGACAUGAAAACAGGAUCUGCUAUUUGUUGAUUACUCCAUCAUGUUAACAAAGACUGCACAGCAUCAGCUGCUGUCCUGUGGAAACAGUGUGUCACUGUCUGAAUAUAACAGUCAGGACGUUCCUGUCAUUGAAGGUGAUUAUAAGUGUACUGUAACACUGUAUGUCAAUCAGUACAUUUACAUGCAUAGUUAAAUGGAGCUACACUAUAGCUCAAUUGGGCACUUUAACUGGACUAGUCCCAGUGUGCAUGCCUAACCUUUAUUCAUCCAGGAGUUUACCCACUGAGAUAUUUUUACAUGGGAGUCCUGGCCAAGACAACAGCAUGAUAAGUUCUGCACAUUCGACAAACAAAGGUUACAUCAAUCAGCAAGCCAGUAGCUUUCAGUAGAAAACAUGUGCAUACAGUGGUCUAAUGUUCUGUAUUUGUAGCUUUAA